AUGGCCCCCCGCAAGCCCAGGUGCAACUUCAAGGAGUGCAAGGAGGCCGCCCAGCGUAUCGUGGGUGAUUGUAGCUUUUGCCACGGACACUUCUGCUCAAAGCACCGCAUGCUCGAGGCACACUCCUGCUCCGGGCUGGAGGACUGCAAGAAGGAGUCACAUGCGCGGAACGCCGAUAAGCUGAAUAGUGAGCGAACGGUCGUUGUUAAGGGUGUAUGA